GCAUGAAGGAAGAUUUGAUUGAAAAACCAACGGUGCAGCGGGCUGAGGUGCUCCAGAGGUUGAGGGGACCCGGAGAGAGCUAGGGGGAGGGUGGGACCCGAAGCAGCGGGUAGCAGCAGCAUCAAAGAUGACGACGGUUUGGAGAUUGUCCUGAAGGAGGGACCGUCCCUCCCGCGUGGAAUGCGAUGUUAAUUCUGGGGCAUUGAUGGUUUACAAUGCCUGAUCCAGACAAAAAGGUGAAGACCACAGAAAAGUCAACUGAUAAAAAACAGCAAGGAGUCGCCAGCAGGGACUAUUCAGAUCUUAAAAGACUCCGGUGCCUUUUGAACGUUCAAUCAAGCAAACAACAGCUUCCAGCCAUUAACUUUGAUAGUGCCCAAAAUAGCAUGACGAAGUCUGAGCCCGCCAUCAAGGCGGGUGGACACAGAGCUCGAGGUCAGUGGCACGAGUCCACAGAAGCUGUUGAACUUGAAAAUUUUAGUAUAAACUACAAGAAUGAAAGGAAUUUCAGCAAACAUCCCCAGCAUGUGUUAUUUCAGGAGAUCUUUACAGCCUUGGUGAAAAAUAGACUCAUAUGCAGAGAGUGGGUUAAUCGAGCCCCAUCUAUUCAUUUUCUGAGAGUGUUAAUUUGUCUGAGGCUACUAAUGAGGGAUCCAUGUUAUCAGGAAAUACUCCAUAACCUGGGUGGGAUUGAAAACCUAGCUCAGUACAUGGAGAUGGUUGCCAACGAGUAUCUGGGCUACGGAGAAGAGCAGCACAGUGUGGACAAGCUGGUCAACAUGACGUAUAUUUUUCAAAAACUCGCAGCCGUUAAAGAACAAAGAGAAUGGGUCACCACAAGCGGAGCUCACAAGACAUUAGUAAAUUUACUUGGUGCCCGGGACACUAAUGUCCUACUGGGUGCCCUUCUGGCCCUGGCAAGCUUAGCAGAAAGUCCAGAAUGUAGGGAGAAGAUAAGUGAACUCAACGUUGUUGAAAACCUAUUGAUGAUUUUGCAUGAAUAUGACUUGCUUUCCAAAAGACUAACUGCAGAGUUACUGCGCCUCCUUUGUGCCGAACCCCAGGUGAAGGAGCAGGUGAAGCUCUAUGAGGGGAUACCUGUUCUCCUCAGUCUGCUCCACUCUGACCACCUGAAGCUGCUCUGGAGCGUUGUCUGGAUUCUGGUCCAGGUCUGUGAAGACCCCGAGACCAGUGUGGAAAUUCGCAUCUGGGGAGGCAUCAAGCAGCUUCUUCAUAUUUUACGAGGAGACAGAAAUUUUGUUUCUGAUCGUUCCUCCAUUGGGAGCCUGUCUAGUGCAAAUGCUGCGGGCCGAAUCCAGCAGCUUCAUCUGUCAGAAGAUUUGAGUCCUAGGGAAAUACAAGAAAAUACUUUCUCUCUUCAAGCAGCCUGCUGUGCUGCCCUCACUGAGCUGGCCCUCAAUGACACCAACGCCCACCAGGUGGUCCAGGAAAAUGGUGUUUAUACAAUAGCAAAAUUAAUUUUACCAAAUAAGCAAAAGAAUGCAGCAAAAACUAAUCUGUUACAGUGUUAUGCUUUCAGAGCCUUGAGGUUUCUCUUCAGUAUGGAAAGAAACAGACCACUGUUUAAAAGACUUUUCCCCACCGACUUGUUUGAGAUGUUCAUUGACAUAGGACAUUAUGUUCGUGACAUCAGUGCUUACGGAGAAUUGGUAUCCAAGUUGAAUUUAUUAGUGGAGGAUGAACUGAAGCAAAUAGCUGAAAAUAUUGAGAGCAUUAAUCAAAACAAAGCUCCUUCGAAAUACAUAGGCAACUAUGCGAUUUUGGAUCAUCUUGGAAGUGGAGCCUUUGGCUGUGUGUACAAGGUUAGAAAACGUAGUGGUCAAAAUCUUUUAGCAAUGAAAGAGGUCAAUUUACAUAACCCGGCAUUUGGAAAGGAUAAAAAAGAUCGAGACAGCAGCGUAAAGAAUAUUGUUUCUGAAUUAACAAUAAUUAAAGAGCAGCUUUAUCAUCCCAAUAUUGUACGUUAUUACAAAACAUUUCUGGAAAAUGAUAGGUUGUAUAUUGUUAUGGAACUUAUAGAAGGAGCCUCACUUGGUGAGCAUUUCAGUUCUUUGAAGGAAAAACAACACCAUUUCACUGAAGAAAGACUAUGGAAAAUAUUUAUACAGUUAUGCUUAGCUCUUCGGUACUUACACAAGGAGAAGAGGAUUGUCCAUAGAGAUCUGACGCCAAAUAACAUUAUGUUGGGGGAUAAGGACAAAGUAACAGUUACUGACUUUGGCCUGGCAAAGCAAAAACAAGAAAACAGUAAGCUCACGUCCGUCGUUGGAACUAUCCUGUAUUCUUGCCCAGAGGUGCUGAAGAGCGAGCCUUACGGGGAGAAGGCUGACGUCUGGGCGGCAGGCUGCAUCCUGUAUCAGAUGGCCACCCUGAGUCCUCCCUUCUGCAGCACCAACAUGCUCUCCUUGGCUACAAAAAUAGUGGAGGCGGUAUAUGAACCAGUGCCAGAAGGCAUCUACUCUGAGAAGGUGACAGAUACCAUCAGCAGGUGCCUGACUCCCGAUGCAGAAAUCCGUCCCGACAUUGUAGAAGUCAGUUCGAUGAUAUCAGAUGUCAUGAUGAAGUAUUUAGACAACUUAUCGACAUCCCAGCUGGCCUUGGAGAAGAAACUGGAACGGGAACGGAGGCGCACGCAGAGAUAUUUUAUGGAAGCCAACAGGAAUGCCGUCACAUGUCACCAGGAGCUGGCCCUGCUAUCUCACGAAACCUUUGAGAAGGCCAGUUUGAGUAGCAGCAGCAGUGGCGCAGCCAGCCUGAAAAGUGAGCUCUCCGAAAGUGCAGACCUGCCCCCUGAAGGCUUCCAGCCUCCCUGUGGGAAGGACGAGGACAGGGCCUGUGAUGAAACCCUGUCAGAUGACGCCUUCCACCUGGAGCAUAUUGAGAAAGAUAUAUAUUCAGAGCUGGAUGAUGAGUUGGAUGUUUCGGAUAACUCCAGCAGCUCCAGUUCGAGCCCUUUGAAAGAGUCGACCUUCAGCAUUUUAAAGAGAAGUUUUAGUGCUUCUGGGGGAGAAAGACAAUCUCAAAUGAGGGACUACAUUGGAGGAAUAGGAUCAAGACCAAGACCAGCUUUGCUGCCUCUUGACCUGCUUCUGAAAGUGCCACCCCUCAUGCUCAGGGCCCACGUUAAGGAACUAGAGGCCAAGUUAGGGACAGGGUGGCAGUCCCACAGCCUUCCUGCUGUGAUUCUUCGAAAUCUCAAAGAUCAUGGGCCACAGAUGAGCACAUACUUGUGGCAAGCAUCUGCAGGAAUUGCUGUGUCCCAGAGGAAGGUGCGUCAGAUCAGUGAUCCCAUCCAGCAAAUACUAAUCCAGCUGCACAAAGUCAUCUAUAUCACACAGCUUCCUCCGGCUUUGCACCACAAUUUGAAAAGAAGAGUUAUAGAGAGAUUCAAGAAAUCCCUCUUCAGCCAGCAGAGUAACCCUUGUAAUUUGAAAUCUGAAAUUAAAAAGUUAUCUCAGGGAUCUCCAGAACCAAUCGAGCCAAACUUCUUUACGGCAGAUUACCAUUUAUUACGUCAUUCAUUGGGUGGAAACAGCCAGUCCUCAAAUGACCUGACAGGUCCACCCACCAGCUCUGAUUUGGAGGAAGGAAUAACGUAUGAGCAGAUGCAGAGUGUGAUUGAAGAAGUCCUAGAGGAAAGUGGCUAUUACAAUUUUGCAUCUAACAGGUAUCACUCCUAUCCAUGGGGGACGAAGAAUCACCCAACCAAAAGAUGAAAAUGUUGCACUUUGAAUGAACUUGCUUUUCCCAGUAAAGUUCAAGUUCUGGACUUCAGCCACUACAACAAGAUGCUGAGGACUGGAUUUCGCUAGAGGGUGUGGAAGGGGAGAGACCACAAUGCCAUGGGGCCAGGAGCAUCUUUUUUCUGGAGAUCCUGUGUGGGAUGUAUGACAGCUAUAGUUCUUGGGUGGGGGGCUCCAUUCCCAGUACAUAUUAUAUACAAGAUGACAGGGCUGUCAAUGUUGCUCCUGGAAGAAAAUGCUGCAAAAGUCAUCUGUGUGGGGGAACCCCCUGUCACAGAGCUUUCCUCUGAGAUGGAAAAAAAAAUGGCAUAUUUUUCAAAGGAACAUUUUAUACUCAGGAUGGCUGAAACUAUAUUGAAAGGCAUCUAGCCUUUCAUAUAUAUAUAAAAUAAUUUUAGAUAAACAAAACUAUAGGACCUAGAAUGAUAUAUUGGGUGAUUGAUUCAUGGUAUCCUCUAAUUUUUUUUAAUCUUAAAAGAAAUUUAAAAUAUGUGAUUUUUUUUUUAAAUCAAAGAAUUUGUUUUCUCUUAACCACUUGGGUGCUAGUGGUCUUGAGCCAUGACACAGUGUAGACAGUAUUUAAAAACCUUGCACAGCACCUGGACAUAAUGAAUAUUGUCAGAUUUCAGUUAGAGUAAUAGAAUACAUGGAUGUAUGGUGUGUGCAUAUGUACAUAGAUCUAGGGGAGGGAGAGAGGGAGAUUUUGAUUAGACUAAUGAUUUGCUGCUAAUCAAACUUAUAGUGUUUUUAGAGCACUUUGAGGAGUUCAUAGAAUCUAUGAAGCAGAUGCAAUAUUCCUAAGUCCCUUUUACUAAAAUUAUCUGCAUUUUAAAUAAAUGUUUAUUGUUUGAUAAUCUGAAAUGAAAACAAGCUAUAUAAUAAAGACAAAUUCCUUCUCUACUCCUUGAAACUGCCCAAAGAAAGAAAAAUCAGAAUGCCAAACAGUGUCCCAUCUCUAUGUAGGAAGAAUUUAUGAUGAGAGUUUAAUCUUAUUGAGCUAAAACUCCUUCUCUGCACCUGGCUUAGAAUUUUGUUGUAAUGUCAAGAAAUCCCAUAUUGCCAAAUCAAAUUGCACUUCUACCUACUUAAAGUACAAUCCAUUUUAUAUAAUUAGUAAUCUGGAAGCUGAAAUUGUACUUUUUAUUUACUUGAGUUCUGUUAUCUUUAACUGCACUGAUAUAUUUUUAGUACGAUUGAAUAGAAAUUUAGUUCAAUGUAUUUGCAGUUGCUGAAACCUAAUCUGACCUUUCGGAUAUGUAAAAUCGCCUAAUGGAAAUCUAUACUAUUUUUCAAUUAGUAUGUUUAACAAUUAAAUUAUGUUCAAAUGCCUUUUCAUCAUGCAGCAGUGCCUUUGAAAAUUGCCAACAAAAUCUUUUUUUGUCAAGCCAAAUUAAUAACUAAAACACUAAUUUUUAAAUAGUAGAUAAAAAUACGGUAACAAAAACUUCCAAUUUCAGCUUUCAAACUAAUUCCAUCCAUAUGUGAAAUUCACAUGGAAAACACAAAUUUUAAUGAUUUGCCCAGGCAAAUUUUUAUUUCUGCUUCAACUUAUUGUGACCCUUCAUUAUCAUUAUUUUUAUCUUUUAAUAUGUGGGAAGCAAAAUAUGUUUAUUGCUUUUUCUCUCUCUUUUUGGAGGGUAUUUCAUUUUAAAGGAGGCACAGGCCUAGAGGGGCAUAAAUUCUAAUUUUCACAGAAGCUGUGGGGUCAAAGUUUAAGCAAUCAGGUUCUUACUUGAAUGGCAAUAUAUGCAAACACAGUUUAGAAAAGAAUAGUAUUCAGAAAUCAGACCUCGGUGAGAGAAACACAUGAUUCAUUUAAGGUGUUUUAAAAUGCAUACAGUUGACCUUAUUGAUUAGAAAGGGAGCAAUAUGUUUCUUUUAGGCCACAGGAAUAGCAUUUAUUAUGCUAGAAGCCUGUCAGAGUUAACACAAAUAAGCAAAUAAAUUUCUUUUUCAACAGGGUUUCAGGCUCAUCAACCAUGCUGAUAGAUGUACUGUUUUGCUAAAAUAAUGAAUGUGCUCUGUUUGAAUUUUCCCUUAAGCUACCACAAUGACUGCAUUCACAUUUUCCCAGUUGCAUGACCAGGUCUCUAAGAAUAUUGGGCACUGGCAAGGGGACCAUUUGCACAUGGAGCCACAUCCUCACGUUCCAACCUUCAGCCAAGAAGCAUCUCCCCUCAUAAUAAAGCAAGAAUGGUCAUUUCCUUUGAUCCACAGAACGGUCUUCUGGUGCAAAGAAGUUGUUACUUGAGCUUACUUAAUAGGCUUCAUAAUCUUUUCUUGAUUGCAUUUAGUUUUUUUUUUUCCUUCUCAUAUAAUUUUUAAUGAUUUGUUGUGCAGUGAAAUCCCUGUGAAUUCAUUGAAUCUCUCUUAAUUCCCAGUGACCAAAUACUUGCAGGGGAUAGAAUUUGAAUCAGUCUCUUCAGAUAAGUUUUGAUACACAAAUGCUUCUGUUAAUUAUGUUUUGAUCCACCAGCUCUAUCUGAUUGUCUGUGCUUGAAACCUUAAUUUGCUUUUGAAAAGCAAAAUGUUCCGUUCUCAGGGAACUGCCUGCAGCAGGAUAUGUGCUUGCUGGUUUCCAACUUUGUCUUGUUGCACAUGUGUAGUCCUUAAAUGGAGAUCUCAGGAAUACUGAGUGACAUGGACACUUGGGCCCACUGCCCGUGGAUGAAUGUCAAGAAACCGGGAGAAAUGCUGCUGGUGUGGCACUGGGCAGUGUGCCCAGUGUGGGCAUUCUAAAACAUAGCCUAAUUAAGAAAUACUGUUAUAAAAUAUACUCAAAUGAUAUAAUUAAUUAAGAGUUAAGGUCUUCCAAAUAGUACCAUUAAAUACUAUGAAAUUUUGAUAUUCACAAGCAACACAGGACUGGUAGAUUAUGUACAACUCCUGCAAUGCCAUCAAAUAAUUACCACUCAUAUUUAAGAUAUGUGAAGACAAUCAUAUUUAUUGGUCAGUCAAUUCUAUCAGUGUUAAUAUGCAUAGCACCCACAUUGCUCUUUUUGAUUUGCUAAGUUGCAAAAUAUGUUUAUUGCUUUUUCUCUCUCUUUUUGGAGGGUAUGUUGGGAGAAUGAUGAAGAAUCAGGCACAGUAAAUAUGCUGGGUUCCUAUAGGAAUGCCUUCAGCUUUUGUCUGAAGGCAGGAAAAUCUUUUCUAAAGGAACUUUCAUUGUUUACCUUUGUUUUCCUGUUUGUGUGUUUGUAUGGUGGUGGUAUUCACGAGCAUCAUCGGAUCAACUGGACAGGCAACAAACACAAAGCAAACUGGGCUGAAAUAGCUUCCCAGCACCCUAGAGAUACAGCUUCCAGGGGCUCCUAAGCAAGGAAAGCUUAGGACUUGUCUUCUAGGUAGAAUUCUGUCCAAACAUGAAAUGCUUCCUGUUCAACAACUAAAUGUGAUAACAAGUGUAUUUUGUGUGUACUUUUACGAUGUUGUUCUGAUUGUAUUAAUUAUCCUGUGAUGGGAAGUGAGAUCAUUUUGGGCAGAUUGUUUUUCCAAUAUUGAAAUGUGCUGCUAAUGUAUUCUUACCCUUGAAUGUUGUUUUUCAUGUUGAUAGGAAGACACAAAUGUCUCAGGGAAACAACUUUGUGAUGGAGUCAUUCUUAUGUGGUGUCAUUACAGUUAAACUGCACAUUGUAAAAAAUGACUGUUAUGGUUGAUCACAGUCCUGCUAUGAUGUUACUUCAAGGUUUGCCAGAGGGACAGGAAGGAUUUUAUGAUUUUGAUGGGGUGACGGAUGGAUAUUGCCAAUUUACAUGUCCUGCGGGUCCACGGGCCACGGUGGUUGUUAAAAACGAAGAUUACACACCCUAAAGUCACAGUAGAUGAGGAUGUACUAGAUGUUUUUUUUUCACUCUACAUAUGCAGCAUUUGACUAAUCACAUAAAAAAUUCUUAAAUAUGUAUCGUUCAUUGAUUGUAUCCUGAAAGUAGAUGAACUCCACUGUCAUGGAAUCUGAAUGUGACUCCUCUGAAGAGUGAGAAGCUGCCCCUUUUCUUUAUUAUUAUAAUGUGAAGCUUUCUUUGUGUUGUAUCCAGCUACUAUGUUUAAAAUAACAAAAGCAUGCUGUAGCAAUUAUUCAACUGUUUAAAUAUUGUUAUCUGGAGAUAGCUUACCUUUGUUUCCCCUGAACAAAGACAGAAGCUUUAUCUUUAUAGAAAAUUGUGGCUAACUUGCCAUUUUGACAAACAACAACAGGAAGAAGUCUGGGCGGAGGCUUGAAACUUUGGCAAAUAUGUGAAGAACUGUUCUGCAAAGUAAGUAAAGACAGGUGUGUCCCAGAAAUAACAAACUGAGAGGAAGAAAUGCUUUAAGACCACAACACUUUUAAAUCAGACUAUGAAGGUUACUUAUAAAAUGAUAUUCUUAACCCAUGAUUUAGUUCCUACUUUUCAAGUUCCAUUAGAGUCAGGAUUCCAAAAAAGAACAUAAGGCUUGUGAAUGGCUGUUAAGGUUUAGCAAAAACCCCCUUCUCCCUGUUCUCUGUGUUUACUCCAUACUCUAGUGAAUUGGGAGGAAAUGGAGCUGGCGUAGGGUUCCCUGUGUCAUAAGAGAACAUGUAAAGUGUUUGUUUAUUUGAGCACAGCAUUACUUUGACACUGAGAGAGGUGAAUAAACAUUAGGACUCAGAACGAAAAUCCCAAGAUGUUAAAGAUAAAAGAUCUUCCAAGGAAAUGGGAUAAAUCUCAAAUAAAAACUGUGCUUUGAAAAGAGCAAGUGAUUCCACCAGGUCCAGCAAUGCCCAGCAAGCCAUUCACUGAGAGGAGCAAUUGGCAAGGUCAAAGUUAGUUUCUGGGUAGUUCUAGAAACUUGGAUGAUUCCUGAUGCUGGGUCUCCUGGAAACAGCUGACCAGAUCCUAGCAAGUUGACCACUUAGAACCAUAGCAGAAGCCCCCCCAAGACUCCCCAGGAACAUGUUGGUGGAAGGCUUAAGACAGGGUCCUCUGAGGCAUUUUAAAGACAUCACAUACCUCCAAGAAGCAGCUGUUACUGUUUUGAAUUGUUUCAGUGCUGGGGAUUGAAGCCAGGGCAUGGAGCAUGCUAAGCACUUGGUCUUCCAUCCUCCAGCUCUCCCACCCGCCAAAGUGCAGUCUUAUCUGCCUUUAAGUAAAUGUGGAUCUUCCCUGGGGGCUGUUUUCUUCUCAGUGCUGCAACCAUGGCCUCAGGCAUAUUUUGUCUGACAAUGGAAAUUUUACAAGAAAUAUAUGUGAAAUUUAAAUGGACAAAUGCAGGCAGAUUUGAAUAUGCUUGCAUUAAGGGAGAUUAAGAAAGAAACACUGCAAGGUACACCAGUUGAUAACUAGUAAACCCGUUGAUAAUUAGGCCACGGAAAAAUGUCAUCAUUUUACUCUUCCAAACUGGGAAACAAAAACCACAUAAAAGAAAAAUCUUUUGAGGGCAUUUUGCUUACUGACAUUUAGUGGAUCAAGACUGAAUUAUACUGCUUCCUGUAUUUUGUUGUUCCCAGUGGGCUGUUGGUGAGGAUCAAAAAGAAUGGAGCCAUCCUCUGAGAGGAAGCAAAGCCCCUAAUCUCAUGUUGCCCAGAGCAGCAUCUGUUUUCUGGAUGGCCCUGGGUCCAAGACAAAAAGACUUGUCCCUGCAGAAUGCAAAGACACUCUCAAUGUGCCUUUCUCCACUUUAGUCUCUAAGAUGGUAUUUUUGUUGUUGUUGUUGUUGCACUAGCACCACCCAGCCAGAUCCCUCCUGUCCUGCAAACCUUCAACCCCAUUCCCAUUUAAGGAACAGACUAUUAAUUAUGCUUCCUACAGGCUACCUGUGUGUUUUCAGAUGGUGUGUUUGUAAUUCUAUAAUGGUGUGCAUGGGCAUGGAAGGCAGGGGUGAUAUACUCCUCUGCACAGGAUUCCUGAUCGUAUCAAACCUCCCGACUCUCCUACUUGAACAUUUGAUUUUAACAUGACCACAGUUGGAGGCCCUGAAGGGAAAAGAAAGGAAAUGUCUCUAUAUAAGGAUGCAAAAGAUGCAAGCAAACUUUUAUUUUUGCUAUUCCUUAAGUAUGCUCUGUAAAUGCUAAAGAAAAUUAAAAAUGUAUUUUCAAGUUACUGGAAAAUAAUUCCUCUUUUGUCAAGAGUUUAUAGUAAAUGCUCCUCUGCUUUCUCUCAA